CCUAGACAGGACCAGGCGGGUCUACCCUGGGGGGAAUGAAAUAAGAAAGGGACCUUCCGCUUCCUUCCCCUCCCCCCCAAUCCAAGCAGCCGGGGGGAGGGGGCGAUCCCCAGUCUCCCCUAGCCCCCGGCAAGCAGGUGACAGUUGGUGGGACGGAGAGCGGUGUAGAUGGACUACCCCAGAGGACUGUGGGAGGCCCAGAGGCGGCACCCCAAUCCUGCAACCCAAGAGGAGGACCAGGAGCCCCACAUGCUACAAGAUCUCACACGCCCCCAGGGGUCUCUGCCUAGCUUGGAGAGGCGUGAGCGGCAGCGGGGCAGGGCUGACCUGCCCUGGGAGCCUGGCGUCCAGGCGCCAGUAACAUUCGAAGAGGUGGCCGUGUAUUUCACCGAGGAGGAGUGGCGUCUUCUGGAUGAAGGGCAGAGGCGGCUCUACAGGGAUGUCAUGCUGGAGAACUACACCAACGUCAGCUUCCUGGUCCCUCUGGUCUGGUCUGGAGUCUCACUUGACCUUAUCCCCCCGCUGGCAGGGUUCCCGGUCCCCAAACCGGCCGUGAUCGCCCGGAUGGAGCGAGGGGAGGCGCCGUGCGUCCCGGAUCUCCAGGGCUCUGAGGGGAGGGAGAUCCCAGCAGAUGCCAGGACGGCGAGUGAGAAUCCUCGGCAGAGAGUGGAUCUGCGCGGGACAUUCCCCUGGACAUCCCAAGAGGACAUAUCCCAGAAUUCUUCAGGAGCAGAUCAGUGCAGGGUGUUCCCACAGAGAUCCCAAGAGGACGUAUCCCAAAAUCCUUUAGGAGCGGAUCUGCAUGGGCCGUUUUCAGGGCGAUCCAAAGAGGACAUAUCCCAGCAUCCCUUGAGAGGGGAUCCACACAGGCCGUCCUCCACCCUGUGGCCCAGAGGGGCCCGUCCAGGGGCAGGAGCGGGGGGCCGGCUGGGGCUGCCCGGGGCCCCCCGACGCGGGGAGCGGCCCACCAUCUGCGGCGAGUGCGGGAAGGGCUUCCUGCAAAACUCAGACCUGGUGAAGCACCUUCGCACGCACACAGGCGAGCGGCCCUACAAGUGUGCCCAGUGCGGGAAAAGCUUCACCCAGAGCUCGGCCCUGACCCAGCAUCAUCGCACCCACACGGGCGAGCGCCCCUACGCCUGCCCCCAGUGCGGGAAGUGCUUCACCGAGAGCUCCACCCUGGCCCAGCACCGGCGCGUCCACACCGGCGAACGGCCCUACCGCUGCCACCAAUGCGGCAAGGCCUUCAGCCUCAGCUCCACCCUGAAGAAGCACCAGCGCACCCACACCGGCGAGCGGCCCUACAUGUGCGAGGCAUGCGGGAAGAGCUUUGGGGAGAGCUCCCACCUGGCCAACCACCAGCGUGUCCACACCGGGGAGCGGCCCUACCGGUGCAAGGAGUGCGGCCGGGGCUUCAACCACACCUCCACCCUCUUCAAGCACCAGCGCACCCACACUGGCGAGCGGCCCUACCGCUGCGGGGACUGCGGCAAGGCCUUCAGCUGGACCACGGCCCUCAAGCAGCACCAGCGGAUCCACACGGGCGCCAAGCCGUACCAGUGCGGGGAGUGCGGCAAGACCUUCAGCUGGAGCUCCACCCUCAACCAGCACCGGCAGGUGCACUCUGGGGAAAAGCCCCACGUCUGCCCCGAGUGCGGCCGCGCCUUCGCCCGCAGCUCCCACCUGGCGCAGCACCGGCUGGUGCACUCCGGGGAGAAGCCGUUCAAAUGCGGGCAGUGCCAUCGGAGCUUCAUCCAGAAUGCCCACCUGGUGUCCCACCGCCGGCUGCACGCUGCCCCCAAACCUUACAAGUGCUCGGUGUGCGAUAAAAGCUUUGGGCAGAGCUCCCACCUCAUCCAACACCAAGUGUCGCAUACGGGCGAAAAGCCUUAUAAAUGUCCCGAGUGUGGCAAAGGCUUCACCUGGAGCUCAGCGCUGGCCCAGCACCGGCGCAUCCACCGCGGCGAGAGACCUUUCGUCUGCCCGGACUGCGGCAAAAGCUUCAGCCAGAGCUCCAACCUGAGCACCCACCGGCGCACCCACACGGGCGAGAAGCCGUUCGUCUGCCCGGACUGCGGGCGCGGCUUCAGCCAGAACUCCAACCUGGCAGCCCACCGGCGCACCCACACCGGCGAGCGCCACUACCGCUGCUACGACUGCGGGCGGGGCUUCCUGGAGCGGGCGGCGCUGGCCGAGCAUCAGCAGGGCCAUGCCGGGCAUCGGCCCUACACCUGCGGGCAGUGCGGCAAAGCCUUCGGGCAGAGCGCCAAGCUGGCCCAGCACCAGCGCAUCCACACCGGCGAGCGUCCCUUCCGGUGCGAGGAGUGCGGCAAAGGCUUCAAUGACGGCUCCUACCUGGUCAAGCACCGGCGAGUCCACACCGGCGAAAAGCGCUACCGCUGCCCAGUGUGCGGCAAAACCUUCAGCCAGACCUCUAACCUCAUCACCCACCAGACCACCCAUACCGGAGAAAAGCCUUUCCGGUGUGGGGACUGCGGGCGUAGCUUCAUCCGCCGGGCUCACCUGGCUGCCCACCGGCGCACUCACACCGGCGAGCGGCCGUACCAGUGCGCCCAGUGCGGGAGGUGCUUCUCCCAGCGCUCCACCUAUGCCCAGCACCGCCGCACCCACACCGGCGAGCGGCCUUACCGCUGCCCCGACUGCGGCCGGGGAUUCAGCCAGAACUCCAACCUGGCGGCUCACCGGCGCAUCCACACCGGCGAACGGCCCUACCAGUGUGGCCAGUGUGGCCGGCGCUUUGUCCAGAGCUCUGCCUUUACCCAGCACCAGAAGACCCACAAGAAGGGGCAGGACUACCUGCUCGGCUGUGCACAGGGGCAGGGGGGGGCCCAUCCCCAGCACCGAAAUCCCCCUCCAAAGUGGGGGGGGGAGGGGAUUGCAAAGGGAGCCGGGGUGCUGGGGGCUGCGAUGGAGGAGUGGGCUCUGCUGGAUGAGAGGCAGAGGGAGCUCUACCGGGACGUCAUGCAGGAGAACUAUGGGGAUGCCAUUUCACUGGGAUUUCCCGUCCCCAAACCGGCUGUGAUCUCCUGGAUGGAGCGGGAGGAAGAGCCGUGCGUCCCGGAUCUCCAGGGCUCCGAGGAACAGGAGGUUCCAGCAGGUGACGGGACGGCAAGCGACAACGAGGAAGAGGAGGCGGCAGAGCCUCCCCGGCAGCAGGAGGAGCCGCCGGGGCUGGAUGCCCCCAACCGCCCCGACUGGGCCGAAGCCUGCGAGAGCUUGUGCCGGCCCCGGCAGCGGGGGGGCCGCUGGGGCCCGUACGCCCGGCGGCGACGGGUCAGCACCGCCCCCCGGGCCGAACCUCGCUUCUUCGACUGCCCCGACUGCGGGAAACGCUUCACGCUCAGCUCCCACCUCAUCCGGCACCAGCGGGUGCACACCGGCGAGCGCCCCUUCGCCUGCGGGGUGUGCGGGAAGAGCUUCUCGCAGCGCUCGGACCUGGGCCGCCACCAGCGCACCCACACGGGCGAGAAGCUCUACCGCUGCACCCAGUGCCAGAAGAGCUUCAGCGAGAGCUCCCACCUCAUCCGCCACCAGAUCAUCCACUCCGGCGAGAAGCCCUUCAAGUGCAACGUCUGCGGCAAGAGCUACGGGGACAGCUCCUACCUGGCCGUCCACCAGCGGGCCCACACCGGCGCCCGCCCCUACCGCUGCCCCCUCUGCGGCAAAAGCUUCGGACGCAGCUCCACCCUCAUCCGCCACCAGCGCGUCCACGCGGGCGACGGGACGCCGGCGGAGGGCCAGCCUGCCCUGCCCGUGCCCCCGCCAGCCCCUCGGCCCAAUGCCCGCCACCUCCGGAUAGUGGGGUGGCAGUGGGGGGUGGAGUGAAGGGGACGGGGUGGGUGGGGAGAGGUGGGGGGCUUAGGGAGUGGUCGGUCGCUGUGGCGGGGUUGGUUACCAUGGUGACUACGGAGGGGAUCAAUGGGUUGGUUACCCUGGUGAUUGGUCACUACGGAGGGGAUUGGUGGGUUGGUUGCCACGGGGUGGUUGGUAACUAGGGAGCAGAUUGGUGGGUUGGUCACCGCGGUGGUUGAUCGCUUGGGAGGGGAUUGGUGGGUUGGUUGCCAUGGGGUGGUUAGUAACUAGGGAGCAGAUUGGUGGGUUGGUCACCGCGGUGGUUGAUCGCUAGGGAGCGGAUUGGUGGGUUGGUACCAUAGCGAUUAUAGGGAGGGGAUUGGUAUGUUGGUUACUGUAGUGAUUAGUCACUAGGGUGGGGGUCGGUAGUGCAGUAACCAUGCUGACUGACCACUAACAGCGAUUGGUGGGUUGGUUCCCAUGGUGGUUAGUUGCUAGAGAGAGAAUUGCUGAUUUGGUUAGUAAGGAUGAUGGGUCACUCUUGAGAGAGAGAGGGAAUUGGUGGUUUGAUUACCAGGGCGAUUGUUGCUAAGGAGUUGAUUGGUGGUUCGGUUACUAGGGGCUACUGGUCACUAGGGAGCGAGUGGAUUGAUGGUCUGUUUACUAGGUGUGAAAUAUUGUUCGGUGGGGCGGGGGGUUGAGGCUCAAGGGGAUUAAAUUUGGGUGAUGGGGGACAGAUUUUGGUACUCACCAAACCUUUGUAGCAUUUAAUGAUGGUGCCCAGGGGGUUCAUACCCAGGAACCCCCCUAAUCCCAGCUCACCAGGAACCCCCACACACCACAGCCCAUUUCCUAGUGCCCAACACAUGGGGCACCCCAUUCCUUCAGAUCUCCCCGUCUCUGGGCCUCUGCUUGGUUCAGAGGGGAGGGCGGUGGAUUGACAGCCUCGGGACAUGGGGGGCGCAUGAGGCAGGAUAGACUGAUGCCCCCUCACUGGGGGCAGCGUCCGCAGCAUUCGCCCAUUUCAGAACCAGCCGCCAGGACGGACCAGGAACAGACGUUUCAUCGGGGAGACGGGGCUGCUGGGCGCCCGGGCAGAUCCUGUCCCUGGAACACUGAGACGCCGCGGACUCCACACAGCAACGGGGAAAUGGAUGAAAACAAAUAUCUUCUACUUAGAGAGUCAAUGGGGCCAGACCCCCAGCUGGGGUCACUCGGCUGCAGCUCCAUUGGGGUCAAUGGGGCAGAUCCCAGCUGGGGUCACUCAGCUGCAGCUCCAUUGGGGUCAAUGGGCCAGAUCCCUAGCUGGGGUCACUCGGCUGCAGCUCCAUUGGGGUCAAUGGGGCCAGAUCCCAGCUGGGGUGACUCGGCUGCAGCUCCAUUGGGGUCAGUGGGGCAGAUCCCCAGCUGGGGUCACUUGGCUGCAGCUCCAUUGGGGUCAAUGGGGCCAGAUCCCAGCUGGGGUGACUCGGCUGCAGCUCCAUUGGGGUCAGUGACACUAGCUGGGGGUCUGGCCCCUUUGAGCCCAAUGGAGCUACAGGCGAGUGACAACAGCUGGGGGUCUGGCCUCAAUUGGCCAUGACUCCAGUGGGGUCAAUGGGCCAGAUCACCAAGAGGUGUCAUUCGGCCAUCGCUGUCUCGGAGUCAACAGUGCAAGGCUGGUUGACGGCAGCUGGCCAUGUAUCCUGGAAGUUCUCAGAUCUUGUGACACUAUAACACAACUGACCUUUAUAUUUAUUGACGGUUCCCGUCCCCAUCCCCUCAGCGUGCCCUAGGUUUGUCUAACUUAGAUUGUAAGCUUACCGGGGAAGGAACCUUUUUUUUUUAGACCUCUGUACAAGCACCGUGCAAAGCCACGGGGCUGCGGAAAUGUUUAAUAAUAAUAAUAAUUAAUAAUAAUAAAAACCUAACGAGGA